UUUUGCAGUAAACUAUACAUGUAUAUAUGUCAGGGAGAGAAAUAGUUUCAUAUGAAUGGAUUCAAGUUUGAUUAUGUUCAUAAACUUUAGAAACUUUAUGAGAAAUUGAUGAUUUUGUUUCUAUAUUUUUUUUUCAUUUCUGCAAAGCAGAUUUAAGAUUAAUUUAUUGGAAAUUGUGUAAUCAGUUGUUGGAGGUACAUUAUAAACUACGUUUGAGUAAGGAUGGAGAGAAUGUAAUAGUUACAUAGAUGAAUAAUGGAUAAAUGGACGUAUUUCAUUGCACAGAGUAAUUGUAGAAAAUCUUUUUCACCAUUUGUGGAAAGGACUAAUGUUUAAGCGAUUAAACGGGAGAUUAAUCAACAAAACGUUACAUUUGCAUUUUAAAUUUCUCGUGCAAAGGAAACAUUUCACCAAUGAUGUAGAAUUCAACAUUAAACAAUCAUUCAUGUAGAUAGUAGAACUUUAUAUUGUGUUUAAUAUAUGUAUGUGUUACACUAAUGUGUAGUGUGAACUUGUAUGGUUUUUGGAUGCUGACAGUGUUGUGUCAUGUCGACCAUAUGUUGAAGAUACUGUGAAGUGUUAACAGAGUUACAGUCCUAUAGUAAUGAUGAACUCCGUGAUGGCCAGCAUGGCUCAUGGCAUGCCAGGAAACAUGCAUCAGGGUAUGGGCUCCAUGGCACAGCCAGGGAUGCCUAGUAGUAUGUCCCCGUGUUUACCGAACAAUUUACCCCAGGGCAUACCGUGUAACAUGUCCCCGGGGAUGCCUCCAUGCAGCAUGCCUCCACAUAUGCAAGGAAACAUUCCACCCCAGACUCAUAUAGCAGCAAUGGGUCAACCGGGACCUAUGCAUCCACGUAUGAGUCCCAGUAUGUCUGGUGUAUCGCCGGGUAUGUCUCCUGGGAUGCAGGGACCAUCCCCUGGAAUGCCCCCACAACAGUCAAUGGGCAAUCCACCACCACCUAUGUCCCAUAGUAUGGGCCCCAUGAUGAACAGUGACCCAUUUUACUCAUCUCCGUUUUCUAUGUAUUCCAACAGGCGCCACGCACCGUACAUGGGACAGCCAGAUUACAGAAUCUACGAGCUGAACAAGAGGUUACAGCAGCGGACAGAGGAUAGUGAUAACCUCUGGUGGGAUGCGUUUGCCACAGAAUUCUUUGAGGAUGAAGCUACGUUAACACUGUCUUUCUGUCUGGAGGACGGGCCUAAAAGAUAUACCAUUGGCAGAACACUGAUUCCCCGCUACUUCAGAAGUAUAUUUGAAGGCGGUGUCACUGAUCUCUACUACAUUUUAAAACAUGCGAAAGAAUCAUUCCAUACUACAUCCAUUACAUUAGACUGCGAUGUGGCAACCAUGGUUACGCAUCAUGGGAAACCAAUGUUUACAAAGGUUGUAACUGAAGGUAGAUUAGUGCUAGAAUUCACGUUUGAUGACUUGAUGAGAAUCCGUUCAUGGCAUUUUGCGGUACGACAACAUCGGGAAUUGAUUCCACGCAGUGUUAUAGCAAUGCAGAUGGGCGCUAACGAGGUAACCGAUGAACCAGCAAUGGUGGAGCAGUUGGGUAAAAAUAUCACAAGACAGGGUCUCACUAACUACACUCUUAACUUCCUUCGGUUGUGUGUGAUACUGGAGCCCAUGCAGGAGUUGAUGUCACGGCACAAGGCGUAUGGUUUGAACCCACGAGAUUGUCUCAAAACAACACUCUUCCAGAAAUGGCAGAGAAUGGUCUCACCACCAGGAAAAGAUGGUACUGGCGAAAUGCCAAACAUGCCUCACCCAGAUAUGCCUGGACAAAAGACGAAAAGGAAAUGGAGUGUGUCCCCACAGUCGGAUACAACACGACAGCCGGGGAAAAGAAGGAAGCGUAAAUCUUCUACAGGAAGUGCUGCUAAUGUACAGAAUAGUGUUGCUCCUUCAGGGAAGAAGAACCGUUCUCCAGGUCCACAAGGCAUUAAUACCUCAGUACCUGGGGUAAGUAAAGAUGUGAUGGUGGUAGGAGAGCCAACAUUGAUGGGUGGGGAAUUUGGAGAUGAAGACGAGAGACUCAUUACACGUCUUGAGAACCAGCAGUUUGAGAAUAAUGCGAAUGAGGAGGACAAAUUUGCUGCCAGUUCACCUGCCCUACAGCAACACAAUAGUCCAUGGGGUGGAGAUAAAAAACCACCGAUACCUGCGUCAGGGGGGCCACAACCUGUAUCAGAUGUUGAUACAAAAACUGAGCAAUGACUGGAUGAGAUUUGUGAAUAGUUGUAAUAUUGGAGUUGUCUGGCUCAUUUUUAUGAGCGUGUUGCUCAUUUAAAAUGUUGCUGUUUGACUUUUAAGCAGUGGUAAACCUUGGAGUGUUCAGUAAAAGAUCAGAAUUGUUUGUGAAGGUAUGAAACAUGUUUGUAAUGUUGGAUGAUGUCACUUUAUAAAGUAGAUGCGGAAAGACGGGUUAAGUGACAUUCAGAUGUGGAAAGAUGUAAACAAAAAUAGUUCAGAGUUUUGUUGAGUGAAUGGUAAUGAAAGAAUUGUAUUUAAUUUCAAUGACAUUGUGUAAAUAAAAUGGCAGAUAUAGUGUACACUGAAGAAGUUUGACUUUGUAAUAGAGAAGACUGUCUCAGGUUCAAGUUGUAGAGUAGAUGUUUGUUUCCAUGGCAACCAUUUUUGUUUCCAUGGCAAUCAGUUCUUUUGUAAUUGAAUCAUGUUGAAAAGGGACUAAUAAUAUAUAUUUUAAGAAAUAAUUUAAAAAUACAGUAACACAAAAACUGUUACCUUGGCAUGUAAAGCUUUCAUAUUUAAUUAAGGUAUUUAUAAUACCAAUAGUUUCUCUCUGAGAGCACUGGUGGCAUUUGCCUUACAUGUAAGAUAUCAUGCUUGCUGGAAAAAAAAUUUAAAACAGUUGCCAUAAGCAACAAAAUAAUUUGUUCUAAAUACUGCAGAAUUAUUUCAGUAAUGAAAUACCUAGUAAUAUUAACAUGAAAUUAUAUGUUAGUAGUGGUAAUUGUUGCUUUCUUAAAAUAAAUAUUUUUUGCCAUCAGUACGUCUCUUGAGAGUGUAGAAAUUAGUAAACCAAACUCAAAGGCCAUUAGUAAAAUAUUUUAUCUGUACAUUGCAUUUACAUAUUUAUAUAGUCAUUUCCAUUUUGUACAUUAACAUGACCACUAGUCUGAACCUAUUCAUUGUAAAUGUCAUGUUAACAGCCAUAUAUGUUAGACUUCAUAUGCAUUGGUACAAUAUAUUUAUCAUGUUUAUACAUGAACUUUAGCGUUAUUGCAUUUUCUCUGACUGGAAAUCUCAACAUUUACUGUUUUUCUUCCUCAUUUUGUAUAGUGUAUAUUUUAUUGCAAGUGAAUGUACUUUGCCACUGAGGCAGUUUCUAUACAGACUUGUUUAAAUCUUCAACAACAUGCUUGUAUUAAGUUUUACAUACUUGUCUCAUUGUAAUCUCUCACACCAGAUGUCUACUGAAGCUCUGUGGCUUCCGGACUGAUAAACUGAACUAGUAGACCAGUCUCUGAAUGCCAUCUUGCCAUUGGUCAGUUAGUAGAUUGUGCUCGGAAUCGACCAAUCAGAUGUUGACGUUCUUUAGACUGAUUUAAUCCCAAACUUUUUUUGAUGUCCUGGAACACUGAUUUUCAAACCUGGUGGAUGAGAAAAUAAUACAUUAGCAUAAAAGUCUGUUAGUACGGUAUAAAUACAUGCUCGUCGCAACGUACAUAUUCCUUCAUUGUAAAGGGUAAAUUUUACAUGAUUUACUUGCAGUUUUGUUUUGCAGUUUGUUAAUUAUCUUACUUUGUUGUUAAUUAAGAGUGACAUUUAUUUUGUGUAAACAUUUAUUGCAUUUUAUUGUUCUAGACAUGUUUUAGCAACACUUACCAGUAUAUUGAUACAGUAUUUUUCGUGAGUUCACUUACUCUAUUAAGGGGCUGCCUUGACGAGAUGGUUAAGGUGACUGGCCAUUGAUCACUUACACCUCUCUACUGUGGGUUUGAAUCCAUUUUUUUCAAGUGAGGAAGCUAUCGAGCUGGCAUACAAAAGUUUUUCUACACAGGUGCCUGUCGUGCCCGAAAUAAAGUCACAAGGGGGUAUCUUGGGUUGUCCUCUAUCAUAAAUAGCUGGAAAAUUGCCAUAUGACCUAAGAAAUCUUGCUGUGACUUAAAACCAAAGAAAAGUUCUUUAAGUAGUUGAAAGUAAUUUUUUGCUGAUUUGAAUUUUUUUCAAGAUCAGUUAUGCUGUUUCAACACUAUCAUUCUGUUUAUAUUUACAUGCAUUUUAGGAAAGGUUUUUACUGGUCUGUUAAGCCCUUAUACCUCUGUUAUUAUUUACUAUUGUUUUUUAUCUGAAAUGCUGUAAAAAAUUUCAAAUAUUUCAGACUAGGAAUUAACAUGCGAGGUAAAUUAAGGCAAAUUGGAUAAUUUUCACUUUUAUUGUAAAUUUAUAGGUACAUGUAUGUGUGUACUUAAGUUAUACACAUCCGUUUCAUUUUAAACCUUCCAGCACAGUUGGAGAAUGCUGGUAUGGCAAUUUUGUUAUUUUCAACAAAAAUUAACCGAGAACAACUUACAUUUGUGUUUUAUGAUUUAUACAUAUUUACAGUAGUAAGGUAGAAUUCACACAUUAUUUGUUUCCAAAUAGAAGAAAACAUAGAAUAGAUAAGUCUGUCAUUUGUUAAAGACAAAGAAGGAAGAAGAGCUGAUAUCAAAAUUCUAAAAAUAGCCACCCACCAGAUUCCGGAGAUGUACUACUUUUCAUUAGGUUGAUACAGAAAGUAAUGACAAAAGCCUGAUAAUUUCUUUCUGUUUUAAACAUAAAACAUGUAUACUUUCUCAGUUCUUGUUUGUUAAUUUGAAUUCAAUUUGGUAGACACUUCUUAAUCUUUUUAGACUUGUGCACUUUGCAAGAGCUUCAGAGAUAUUUAUCAUAUUAGCCCUUAUCAUGCUUGAAACAAUUGAUUCUGCCUUUGCGACCAGUGUAGAUCAUGAUCAGCCUGCACAUCCAUGCAGUCUGAUCAUGAUCUGCACUGUUCGCCAUUCAGUCAGUAUCUUUUUGAUAUGCACCCCUUUUACCAAUUAAUGGUACUGUCCAGACUGAAAGAUGGACAAGUUCUUUAUAGAAAUUUAGCCGGAUAAGGGUUAAUAGAAAUAAAUGAUUAUCUGGUAUCUUCAACUCUCUUUCCUCAGCUCCUGUAACAGAAAUAGAAUUUACCUUGUGUAAUGGUAGUCUCCUAAGUUUAUUGUGAGAAACACAAGAGCUUUUUGGAUAUGCAAAUGUACUGAUACCUAGAUGUUUUGAUAAAUUUCUUUUGGAAAUCCUGUUUGAAAAUGAUGCUGUGCAUUUGAACAUCUAUUGUGAGAGGACAGGUGCUAUAUUUUUGUAUUUUACAUUAAUGUUGUAUGUCAGUCCAUUACCUUGUUACUUCUAGCUCAUCUGGAGUAGCUUUGUCAUUUUAGGUUUUUGUACAAAAUAAAUAAAAUAUUCUAGAAGCUUCCGGUGCUCCUUUAGCAUGCAAGAUCUAAACUUUUUGCCUACAACGUGGGGAAAGACUAGGUUACUGGGUAGGAGAUCACUUUAUCCUUGCCCUAGGAAAACAGUAAGCUACAUGUGCUCAUAUUGUAUCAUAAUUUGAUGUCAUUUUAUGACACCAUAGUGUACGAGCAAUUUUCAGUUUACAAAAUCUUUGAAAAUUUUGCAAUAAUAUUAACGGUAGGUAAGAACCCAUCUCUCGGUUUUCCAUUCCAUGCUGUUCCACAGGUAUGGCAAACCCUGUGUUACACAUGAAGGCAUGUAAGAUCCUUCUUGAAGUCUUAUCCAAGUGGCAGAACAUGUAAUUUUAGGUGGAUUGGGGGGAUUAAAUCAGGGACCCGAGACUUGUUAGUCUUGCAUUUUAUCUCUAGAUGACCGAGUCUAGUUUCCUUAACAAAGAAACCUUUCAUAGUUUUAUAUUAAGUCUCAAGUAUUAAAAGAAUGUUUCUAAGGUUAAAGGGAUAACUGCCAAAAGUGCUUCUUUAAAGUCUGUUAGUUACGAUAGUUUUUCAUUCAGUUUGGAGUGUGUGUAAAAUAACAUCAACUGUUUGUAAAUGUCAAAAAGAAAGACAUUUGUUGUUAGUAAGGAAAGUUGUUAAGAAUGCCUGUUUAACGAGUUACUCUAUCAGCAUAAAAAAAUAUGAUAACAUUUUUUACUUUAACUUUAUCUGAAAUAAAGAUCUUUAUUGUAAGUGUGAGGUGUAUAUACAACAAAACCUUAUGAAAAUGGAGUUUAAAUCGUACAGCUGUGUUUAUUAACAGCUAUAAAUACUUGCAGAAUCAUUGCUGAAUUUAUUCAUUUCUUAAAGUCGACAUAGUUUUAUAUAUUGUUUUUUGUCUAUCUUUAUUCUUGUUAAUGAGGUAUGAAGAGUAAUGCCACUUUUUAUUAGGUCAUCUUCAUUUUUCACAUUGCUGACCUGUUAAAAUAUGUUAAGGUAUAUACAUUGUAAUCUAUUAACUUUGUUGUUCUACACUAUGUAUGUAUUUGAAAUAAACUCCUUUUCCGUUAGAAGUCUCAAACCACAAAAAAAGUAAAUAUUCCUUGAGUUGUCACACAAUAAGAAGUAUUCACACUGAAACAGACUCCUGCAGUGUUUAAUAAAACAGUAAAUGAAUAUAUAUUUUACAUUUAUUCAAUACAAUGCAGAUAUGAAAUGAUAUAAAAUUUAACCAAGUCAUGACAAGACAGAAAAUGAUUUUGUUUACAGAAUUAAAUAUUUUUUUAUGAUCACAGAAUUUUUUAUUUUGACUUCAUCUUAAUAUAAGGAGUGAAGUUAAUACUAACUUUGGCCAGUUGAAAAUAUCAAAUGAAAUCAUUUCAGUGUUAGGUGUAGACUUCAAUCUUCCAUGUAGACAAAUUAACAAGAUAAUCUGUUCAAGGGGUGGCUCCAGACUUUGGUCAUUUUGUUUUUGAAAUUUAUGAGAGCACUUGUUAAUAAUUAAGUAUUAGGUGAUUCCAAAUUUUCAAAGUAGAUAAAAACAGUGGCACAAGAAAAAUUCGGAAUCGUUACUACUAUAUGUAAUAUAGCGAUAACACCUGUAGAUUAUAAGAGAUAAUAUUCAUCUUUAGUUUUAUAUUCCAUGUUUACAAAAUACUGAUAUUUUGAGGUGAGUCUGGAGGUCAGGCCCUUUGAGGAUAGCACUUUGAUUUGGAGCUAAUCUAGUGUGACCACAUAUUUCUUGGAACAUGUUAGUAAUGUAAAUUCAGUUAUUCGUAUUAAUUGUAAAAUGUUACAUCGAUUGACUUGCUGUGAACAGCAAAUUGAAUCAAUCAAAUGUAUGUAUAAGACACAUUAGAUCAUUUUUAUUGUACAUUGUUAGCCAUCAACUUUGUAAUAUAUGAAAUGAAUAAAUUAUUUAUAUUGUAAUGUUA